GAGAGAUUGCAGAUAUCGUGAUCCUGACCUCUCACGUCCUCGCGUUUCUUACGAGCCUACCGUCAUGUUCAAAAAGUUUCAGCCCUCCACUGACAUUUCUGGGCAAACCGCCGUCAAAUCGUCGGUUCAAAGGUCUCUCAGAGCCGGCCUGCUCAGCCAGUGGAAGAUCGAUCCCGACACGCUCGAAUCGAUCUGGCCAAAGAAAGAGAACAUUACGCUUGUCAAAUGUAGAGACCACAUUUCUAUCUACGCGUUGAACGGGGAACCCCUUUUCUUCCAGCAUUUUGACGGUCCACUUUACCCAACGCUAAGGCUACUUCACAAGUACCCCUUCAUUCUCCCCGUGGUUCGCGUUGAUCGGGGUGCAAUCCGAUUCUUGCUCGCCGGAGCCCAUAUGAUGUGCCCAGGUUUCACGUCAAAAGGCGGUUGGCUUCCGCCUCCUGAGGAAGCUCUGCCUGCAGGCGUCGCGGUGGCAAUCCAUGCUGAAGGGAAAGAACAUGCAAUUGGGAUCGGCAUCACCAAAUUGAGCACGGAGGACAUCAAGAAAGUAAACAAGGGGGUUGGAGUAGAAGUGGUCACGCAUCUGGGAGAUGACUUGUGGGCUCUACAGAAGGUGUAGUCAUUGUGAACGUGCUGUGUACUAAUCAAAGAGCGACAACUUGUGUAUGAUUACGUGUUUCCAAACGUGCCAGGAUCCUUCGAGUG